UUUAAGGGAGGAGGGUGUGUCUCUCUCUCUCUCAGACUAGUCGCCGUCACUUUGCCACUCUGCAAACUUUCUUUCUCUUCUCCUAGCGGCCGUCUCUUCUCCAGACUUCACUUCCUCCAGCUUAAUGUCGGAGAGGAGGUGAACGGACUUCUUCAGGAGUCUACUACAUUACUCUCAUCGGAUUCCUCUGCGUUAGUUUUAAACACUGUAGUUGUAGACCCGUGGAGUCAGUGUGGGAUAGUGAGUUUCCUCCACCAUGGGGGACGUGAUUUCCAGUCACCUGGAUGAAGCCAAGCGGGAGAUUAUCACAGCUCGGACCAGGGAGGUGAUGGGGGAGUUUGGGCGUCUGUAUGAGCAGCAGUAUGCAGUGGCUCUCUUCAACAAAGUUCGCUUUGACAUAGAAGGAGGAGGUGGCCCACAAUCCCAGCUACUACAGCGCAAGAUCCCUCUGGAGAACAAAUCCAUCUUCUCCGGCUCGCUCUUUCAGUAUCUAGAGGAGAACAAGAAAUGGAGGAACCGCUUCAUCUUUGUUCCGGACUCCUACAACAUCAACUAUUACGACAGUAAAGCGUCCCAUGACAGACACCUCCAUCCCAAAGGAACCAUCAACUGUGCCGGCUACAAAGUGCUAACAUCUUUGGAGCAAUACCUGGAUCUGAUCAGCAGCAGCCUACCUGAUGUGAAAGCCAAGGUGGGAAGUUCCCCUUUCCUUAAGUGCCCCACCCAGUUCCCUCUGAUCCUCUGGCACCCUUACGCCCAUCACUACUACUUCUGUGUGGUGACGGAGAAAGAGCAGCAGAAGUGGCACGCCGUCCUCCAGGACUGUGUCAGACACGCCAAUGACGGUUUGUCAGAGGAGAAUAAAGUCCAAACACCAGCCUUCACUGAUGCAGUACGACUCUACCGCCAAGCUCAAGGGCACUACGGCACCUGGGAGAUGAUGUGUGGUGUACCGUCACAGAUCCUGUCUAACCUGGUGAUGGAGGGGCUCCUUCCUGAGCUGAGGGAGCUCAUCUCCCCACGCCUCAAAGGCAAACUACACGAGAGGCAGAGAAACUGGAUGCUGAUCAGUGAUGCUGUGUAUAGCCUGGUGCAGGGGCAGUGCCAGGCCCAGUAUGAGGCAGUGUUGCAGAAGUGUGAAGCGGCGUGCUCUUCUCUGGAAGCCUCCAUACGAACAGACAUGGACCAGAUCAUCACCUCCAAGGAGCACGUCACCAACAAGAUCAGAGAGGUGGUUCUCCCAAAGUCUGAGAAGCUGCUGAAGGUGAGCAUCGAGCCCUACAUCAGCUCCAUCCUGGAAGCCCUGAUGGAGCCGACCAGCCGAGGUUUCUCUGAGGUCCGCGACGUCUUCUUCAGAGAGCUGGUGGACAUGAGCAAGAACACCCUCAAUGAGGGCACCAAGGAGACCGUGGCACAGCACAUGGAGAAGAUCUCUAUGCUGGCCUACCAUCCGGUGAAGAUGCAGAGCUGCUAUGAGAAGGUGGAGCCGCUGAGUCUGGAGGGUCUGCAGCAGAGGUUCGACGUCUCCAGUCCCUCGGUGUUCGUCCAGAGGGCCCAGAUCCUCAUGAGAGAGCAAAUGGACCAAGCAGUGUAUACAUUUGAGCAGAUCCUUCACCAGAGUCUGGAGUCUCAGGGUACAGAGGAGCUCUGUAAGACCAUCCAACGCUGCCAGGACAGAGUCAUUAAGAAAUUUGACUAUGACAGCAGCACGGUGAGGAAGCGUUUCUUCCGUGAGGCUCUCCUCCAGAUCUUCAUCCCCUACAUGCUGAAGCAGCUCAACCCUUCCUGUGCCUCGGAGCUGCCGCGCUUCCAGGAGCUGAUCUUUGAGGACUUCUCCCGUUUCAUUCUGGUGGAGAACAUCUUUGAAGAGGUGGUGCUGCAUUCGGUCAUGAAGGACAUCAUGAUGGCUGUGAAGGAGGCGGCAGUCCAGAGGAGACACAACCUGUACAGGGACAGCAUGGUCCUCGGCAACAGUGACCCCAGCCUGCACCUGCUCGGAGAAAACCCCUCCAUCGACUGGGCCGGGGAGUACGGAGGAGCCCAGGAAGAGGCGGACGGAGCAGGGGAGGACACUGAGGGUGGCGGUGACGGUGAAGAUGGGGAGUCGCAGAAGAGGAGGAGGAUGAAGCAGGUGGUGUCCAUGAUCCAGGUGGAAGGCUCCCCGGUCCUGCCCAACGAGUCGUGCGUAGAGGUGCCCGGUGUCAACGACAUCCCCGAGGAGGACGGAGAUGGAGAUGGAAAUGGGGACGAGAACUCCGAUGGUAAAGCUUCUACUGAUCAGAAAGGAUCUGCGAGUCCUAAAGCUUCAGAGAACCCUCCAGACUUGUCAAACGGUUCUGUCUUGAAGGGAGACGAAGCCAAACCAGAGGAGAAAGGUAAAGAAGAAGUCCCACUGAAGGUUGAAUCUGCUGCAGAAAGUGCUUCAGCCGUAGAGGAGAAGGGUGAGGGAGGACAAAGCCAGCCAAUGGUGGAGGAACGACCUUCCUCCAACCAGGAAGUGUCAGAGGAGACAUUGCCACCGCCACCAGCACCCGAGGAAAUCACAUCUGGAGCUACAGAAACGGCUCCAGAGAGGCUCCCGGAGGCGACCUCUGACCUCCCCUUGCCUCCACACGACGACAGUGGCUUCCAGUCUCCCAUCAGUGAAGGGGCGGAGGAGGAGGAUGUGGCCCCUAGCACAGCGGCCCUGCAACCCUCAGAGGAGCACCCAGAGGUGAGGGAGACGAGUGUUGCCGUGGAGAAAGAGGAGGAGGAUGUGGCCCCUACCACAGCUGCCCCACAGCCUUCAGAGGAGCACCCAGAGGUGAAGGAGACGAGUGUUGCCAUAGAGGAAGAGAAGGAGGAUGUGGCCCCUACCACAGCGGCCCCACAGCCCUCAGAAGAGCACCCAGAGGUGAGGGAGACGAGUGUUGCCGUGGAGGAAGAGGAGGAGGAUGUGGCCCCUAGCGCAGCGGCCCCACAGUCUACAGAGGACCCAGAGGUGAGGGGAGACAAUAGUUGCCGUGGUGAAAGAGGAGGAGGAUGUGGCCCCUACCACAGCAGCCCUGCAGCCUUCAGAGCACCCAGAGGUGAGGGAGACGAGUGUUGCCGUGGAGGAAGAGAAGGAGGAUGUGGCCCCUACCACAGUGGCCCCACAGCCCUCAGAAGAGCACCCAGAGGUGAGGGAGACGAGUGUUACCGUGGAGGAAGAGAAGGGGGAUGUGGCCCCCUAUUGCAGCGCCCCCACAGCCUACAGAGGAGCACCCAGAGGUGAGGGAGACAAGUGUUGCCGUGGAGAAAGAGGAGGAGGAUGUGGCCCCUAGCACAGCGACCUCGCAGCCUUCAGAGCACCCAGAGGUGAGGGAGACGACGUUUGCCGUGGAGAAAGAGAAGGGGGAUGUGGCCCCUAGCGCAGCGGCCCCACAGCCUUCAGAGCACCCAGAGGUGAGGGGGGAGAUGAGUGUUGCCGUGGAGGAAGAGAAGCAGGAUGUGGCCCCUAGCACAGCGGCCCCACAGUCUACAGAGGAGCACCCAGAGGUGAGGGAGACGAGUGUUGCUGCAGCACCAGAAACAGAGACCAAAGCUGGAGACCAAAGCCAGUGACUCUGAGACCAGAGAUGAAAUGAUUUCCAUUUGUUAGACAUAAACUAAAUUCUGCCCUGUUUUGUCUUGUUUGUUUUUCUGCUUGUUUAUUUGAGCAAGAUUAAAAGACACUUCAUGCUUUUUUAACCAUAUCAGUUUUCCCACCAGUUCCAGCCACAAUAAUCCCUCAUCAGAUUCUCCUCACUGAGCAGGGCUCAGGUCAGAUUGUUAAAUAUUGUUUUUUCCUGUAUAAUUUUUCACAGCUUUGCAUCUGACAGUAAAAUCCUCAGGAAACUCUUGAGCUUUCAACCCACACAAGUUCCACACUUUAUUUUCUCUUCACCUGGUAUAAAUGUGAGCACAGUGGACGGCUUGCCGUAUUAGGGUGUUAUAAACAUGUGACGAGAACACCCCAGAUGAGGUGCCUUUGGUGAAAUACAUGUCAAUUGAUUUAGCUUUUAAAUGUAUUUAAGUUUAACUACUGUGAUGCCUUCAAUAACCCUCAGCAAUUACAUUUUGUUUUUUACAUAUGUUGGUGUAAAUAUACAGUUAUUAGAAACUAUUAGGUAUUAGAAACUCACUUAUUGUUUAACAGAAAAUACUUUACAGAAUGUGGAAAAGUCUCAAAGAUUUUUUUUUUUACUAUUCAUUAAUUGUCUUGAUGUACACACUGACAUCUUAAGACUUGACAAUUUAUUAUGUGCUGGUGGGAAUAACACUAUUUUUUAAGAGUUUAUCCCUUAAAGAAAGCUUGUGUAUAUUAUGUAUAAAUACUAUGGACCGGUGAACUACCAAACUGUCAUUUUACAUAAUUUUAUAUAAUUUCAUAAGUGCCUUAGUUUAUCUCUCCACCCCCUAUUUUAUUUAUUAUUUUGCACCCCCUUCUCUUUUGUCUCCAAUGUACUUUUAGAUUUAUUUUACUCUUGAGUGAUACAAAUGACUGUUAUUGAUAAUAAAUGAUUAUCAAUUAA